AUGUAUUUCGCCACCUAUCUGCUCUAUUAUUUGCAUCAUGCCGUCCUCUUCUACAUGUAUAUCUUUUGGAGCCCUCAAAUGAAAAAGCAGAUAAAACCGACUGCUCUGAAAUUGCUGGAGUGUUAUUGCUUCAAGACAGUUCCGGAAUUUGGUCACUCUCCCGGACAUCCCGGAGAACAUAUAAUGAAUUACAGAUGA